CCAUAUUACCAGUGUCCUCAUCAUAAAAAGUACAACAUGUUCCAGUGGCUGCUCACCAGGGACAGGGCCAUUCUUGGUCUUGGCUCCACCUGCAUCAGGAUAAUAAUAAUAAUAAUAAUAAUAAUAAUCCAUGCCAAUCUCAUCCUGUGUAUCUUCCCCUAACACUUCCCCAACACACGUUUUACAAGUACAUAACCCUCAGCUGCUUCUUUACAUUUAAAUGUAACAAUACGUAAAGAAUUCAAACACAACACAAAUGAUUACGACGACCUGUAUUGUGUUAAGAAGUUUGAGGAAAGACUUAUGAAAGAACUUAUACUUGUGUAUUCAACAAUCUUAAUUAAGCAAGAGAUUGGCAGUAGCAAAAACCAGAAUACACAGGAGUCCCCUGGACUGAGACUGAGAUUGAGAGCCACUGCACUGAAUUACUGAAUAGUAAUUUAAAUUGCACAAAGGUGGCUGAGGGAAACCUCUUCUAUGGCAGUGCUACUCGACUCUACAUCCCCUCAGUGUCUGCAUGUUUCUCAGUUCAGCUGUGCUCUACAGCACCUGAUUUCACCCAGGAACUUAUAACCUGAACCAAGGAAGUAAAAUAAUUGUGGUGUAGUGCAUUGUUGGUGCAAAUACCUGCAGACACACGGCCCGCAGGAUGUGGAGUUGAGUAGAACUGUUCUGUGGUAACGAAGCCCUUGCAGAGAGUUUGAGGUCUGAUCCGAAGCUACGUUCUUGCUCCACCCCUCCUGCCUCUUAUAAGACAGGGGCGUCAAACUCCAGUCCAGGAGGUCUGCUGGUUUUUGCUGUGUUUCAGCAUGAGAGACACAUUUCUAAGUCUUUCAUUGGCUAAAGACCAUUGGCAAACACCUUCUCAAGGCCUUAAUUGGCUGCUGAUUGAAAGGAAACCACAAACAGCUGUGGACACUGUGGCCCUCCAGGACUGGAGUUUGACACUGAGAGCUGAUUUAAGAGGUGUGCCCGGAAAGGUCACAGCCCCCCGGAACGUCCAGGCCAUGGUGAACCUCCCCUUCACGCUGGGCUGUAACCUGACCAAGCGGGGCGGGGACAGCCUGAAGCAGGUGCAGUGGGUGAGCGGGCAGAACGCCACCCUGCUCACGCACACCCCGGGCCAGCCGGCCAGCGUGGCGGACCACAGCGUGGAGCUGGCUGCCACGCGCCGCCACACCAGCGCCAUCACCAUCAAACGGGUGGGCCACAAAGACGAGGGCUGCUUCCGCUGCGUCUUCCACCUGGAGCCCCGCGGCUCGCAGGAGGGCCAGAUCUGCCUGGCUGUCACGGCGAAGGCGGUUGCGGAGGGGAACAAGACCGCGGUGAGUGGGCAGUCUGCCGUGCUGUCCUGCUCUUACGGUCUGCCCCAGCGCGUCCUGCAGGUGCUCUGGCGGAAGGUUCUGGGGCGGGGCGAGGCCCGCGACGUGGCCUCGUACGCGCAGCAGGGGAACCCGGUGAUCGAGGAGCCCCUCCGCGACCGCGCCUUCCUCAGCCGCACCCUGGACCGGACCCGGCUGCACCUCAGCCCCGUGAGGACGGAGGACGAGGGCUGCUACACCUGCGAGUUCCAGUCUGUCUCCGAGGGAAGCCAGAGCGCCGUGGCCUGCGUCACGGUCUACGUUCUGCCCCGACCCCAGAUCAGCUACAGAACUACACCGCAGGGGGCGAUCGAGGCAAACUGCACGGCGCAGGCCCGACCCCCUGUGGAGAUCGUCUGGAACGUGGAGGGGGACAACAGGACCCUGGGCCCGCCCGUGCCCACCUCCUACGAGCAGCCGGACGGGACCACGCUGGUCGUCAGCACCCUGGUCCUGCAGACCAGUAUCCUCAACGACAAGUCCGUCAAGUGCCUGGUCCACCACCGCGGGCUGGAGGCGCCCCUGUCCGUCUCCCUGAACACCAAGCUGGGAACGGCCCUGGCUGUCCUUAUCUCAGUGACCGGUGCGGCCAUUUUGGUCGUUGUGUGUAUGUGUAUCUGCCUCUUCAAGUGUUUCCGCAAGGGCGCUGAGUAAUUGACCAGGGGAAACAUCUGGCAGUUCAGUGGAAAAACCUGGAGUUUUUCCAGUCUUGUUGACUGCGAUGACCUAAGACUCCCAGAUGGACAACAACUAUGUGGAGAUCAUAAAUUAAACAAACAGAUGCACUUUGAUUACGGCAGUUGAAAGAUUAUCAGUGGUAAAAAAAGCCUUUUCUCCAUCAAUAUGAAUCAAUGUUCUACUGACUAUUAUAGUCAUAUAUCACUAUUAUGUGAGGUUAUAACUAGUUCUGAAAAUCAUUAAUAUGAUGAUUUACACUACAUUUUACCAUAAGUUGGUUAUUAUUAGCAUGACUAGGACAAGACCAAAAAAAAGCUUAAUUUAUUGUUUUAUCAUUGUUUAUAGCUUUUAUUUUUCUGAGAAAUUCAAUCUCGUAGGAUGCAGUAACGUCCUCAUGUCCUGCUGGUGAAGCUGCUGUCAUGGCCACGUGGGACUGUCUCCUUGUGAUUUCACCAUGGGAUUAAGCCUCAUGAUGCACCACUCAUGAUGCACCACAAAUGUGGUGGAUGUUAUGUGGUCGAACAGUACUAUUGUUGAGCCAAACAUUAUGAAAAUGGUUUACUAUAACAUAUUCUUUGACCACAUAUGAUAUCGAAUGUCUUACAGCAGGGAUUUGUCUUCAUCCUGAAUUCAGCAAACAAGUCAGAUUUCAGAUCCAAGAAACCGGGCAAACUGUGUAAUAAGCUUCUUCAGCUCUGAAUUAAGACCAGCACACCCCAUCGCUCUCCAGGACCCGGGAUGGGAUGCCUGUUUUUCAGAGUGAACAUCCUUUUCAAUACACUUCUCUCAGACAGGACAGUGUUUUCUGAUUUCUGUUGUAGGGUGAAAAUAAACAUGCAAGGCCUAGUACUACUGAGAUGAACCCCUCAUUUUCCACUGAGGUCAACUCUAAUUUUGGAGUUCUGUGGCCUGCGUGCAUCACUUUGCUCUGAAGCCCAGCCACUGUGUAGAGCCAUUUUUAUGGAAUAAGUUAAAUCUAAUAAAAUAUUGAGUUUAA